AUGGACGCCAACGUACCUGUCAAGUGCCAGAGUCCCGACUGCAGCGCACCUAGUGCUUCACCUAAUAACUUGGAUGCUUCGCCAGGAGAUUGGAAAGCCUUCCCAUGGCACAAGUUUCCGGGUUUCUCGAUUUCGGAACACGUUGGCAGGCAGACUUCGUGGGUUUGGCAGCACGGCUUUGACAUUCAAGCCCGCGAUUCUCCCACGAAGAGGAAAUGGGUUUGCAAGCAUUGUCUUCGGAAAGCUAAGCCCAAGAUGACAGACUUCUCUGCUGUUGGCUCCGUAACCGUUGAGCGACAGUGGGAUGUCGAUAGCAUCUGGUUGGGGGCAAAGAGUCUGUCCGCUAUCCGAGCCCCCGGUCACUUUCGGCUUUCUUUCUUCCCGGCUUACAAGAGUAACAUCUCUACCGCUCAAGUCAUACAGCCUCAUGGUCUGGACCUGGCACACACGAGACACACUUCUAUCGGCACAUUCAUUACCGCAGGUGUCCGCUUCUCCGUUCUGCUAUUUUUCCCCAACGGAGCUCGAUCGUACACGAAGGCUUCCGCCAACAGCCUUUCUCUCACACGAUUUAAGGAUUUAUAUGACGAGAUUAUCCUUCCGGCUAUAUUCGAAACCGUCCCUGAUUAUGUGCGACAAGAGAUACCCAGCUCGUACGAUCUCUUAUACGCCAAGUCUCGUGCAUACCAGGAGAAGCCAGGUGCCGGCCGUUGGAGCGCCGAAGAUGAGAGCCGAGCGUUUCGCCUAUCUUAUAGCAUCCCUGCCAGCAACCUUGCAGAGUUCUGGGCAUCGGUAGUGGAGAAAGCGAAUAUGCAUCGUGUCCAAACCAGGAGAGGAGAAGCCGUUCCCUACUUCGAGAACCCUCGUCUACUCUUCCAAGCACACGAUCUGAAGAACACAUUUGCAUCGCAGACAGUUGAGGGAAGCUUGGCCCUGUUUCGUAACAUCGUCCUAGCUGGACUUAACGCAAGUCAGAUUGACAUGCACUCUUGCUGGCUCGAUGUAGGCAUGAGAGAUCACGUAAGCCAACCAUCGUCUCCAUCGCCAGCCCAUAGAGAUGAGCCCUGGACACUUCUGUGGAAGAGCGCUUGCUGCGACCACCUCCAUGAUCAACUGGGUGGUGUUGUCCCCGAAGCCCCUCUAGUUGCUGACCAGUAUCGGUCAUAUCUUCUUCGUGACGUGGGAACAUAUUACGCCAAGGCAAAGCCGAGUCGGGCAUCAAAUCCUGGCCACCCGGAGGCUAGAUCACCCGGGAUCAUUCGGGCCAAGGCAUACAACUGUAGCAAAGAUCUAUUUGGAGUCAUGUUCAGCGAUUACCAGCUUUUUAGCUCGGGGCUAUUGCCGCUUCUGGCCAGUGUGUCCAACAACCAAGUCAAGUAA